AUGUUAGUCGGCUGCCAGAGUUUUGCCGAUCGCGCUGCGCAGAAAUCAGUUGAAAAAAGCAACUCUUCCCCACAGUCAAUCUGGGAUGAGCGACUGCAAUACCACUCCGGGGGAGUGUGAGCCGAGGCUGCAUUAUUACCAUGCUCAUAGGUCUCAUUCUUGGUUCUUUCGUUAUUGCAUCCCUUGCACCGACCUGGUGUACCGUCUGAUUUUGAGUGCAGCAAGGGUAAGGUUCUUAUGAAAGCAAGUUAUGCAUUCACUAGGGAUCCCCAACAACUCUCGGCUCUCUGUUUGUCUCAAAUGCGGCAAAGCAAGGAGUGAAAAUAUAAUAACCGGGUCCAGCAAUAAUUAAUCCGCCCGGCGACGGCUGCGAUGUCAAGAAUAUGCGCCUUAAAAGUGGUCUAUCAUAAUGACCAGCAGGUAC